GUGCAUUUCCGUCAUCGGAUCAGAUACGGAGCUACCAUCUUAGCGAAGGGGCCAGGCACCUGGCCGGCAGAACUAUCGGUUCUAGCUCUUAUAUUUGCUUCAUCCCCGCUAGAGCCGUUCCCGUAGAUUUUUAUCUCAAUCCGAAUCAACCUCACACAGCACAAUGUCGGCUCCCACGAUUGAGGACCAGCCUCCCAAGAUGGCCACCGACAAGAUCGAGCCCACGGUUGAGCCCACGGUUGCUGACCCUGAAAAGGGCGAGCUUCCUGAGGGACAGGCCGGUGUGCAAGCCGCAGAGGCCAUGACUCUGUCGUGGUCAAAGACUUCUGUGGGUAUCACCUACGCUUCGAUGUGGUCGCUAUACUGCGUCAAUGCAUUUCAAGCGUCCAUCACCGGAAACCUGGGCCCGUAUAUCCUCAGUGAUUUUGGCGAGCAUUCGCUUGUUACUCUGAUUGGAAUCGUCUCCCAAGUCAUGGCUGCGGCAACGUAUAUGCCCGUCGCUAAGAUUGUCAAUCUGUGGGGUCGCCCCUUUGGCUUCAUACUCAUGGUUACACUUGCGACAAUUGGUUUGAUCAUGAUGGCCACAUGCGAAAAUGUGCAGACGUAUGCUGCGUCGCAGGUAUUCUAUUCCGUCGGCUUCACCGGUAUGAUCUUCAGCAUCGACAUCAUCACCGCUGAUACCUCAACCCUCCGCAAUCGUGGUCUCGCGUAUGCCUUUACCUCGUCUCCAUACCUGAUCACCGCAUUCGCCGGACCUAAAAUCGCCGAGCGCUUCCACGAAACCAACUGGCGUUGGGCUUACGGUAUCUGGUGUAUCCUGCUCCCUGCCGUCGCUGUCCCUCUGCUGGUGACUCUGUACCUCGGUAUCCGAAAGGGCAAGAAGCAGGGCCUAAUCCAUAAACAAGACAGUGGCCGCACCUGGCACGAGAGUCUUAUCUUCCACGCCAUCGAGUUUGACCUAAUCGGCAUAUUCCUCCUCGCCGCCGGCUUCAUCCUCUUCCUCCUCCCCUUCACGCUCGCAAAUAGCGAAGAGCACAAGUGGAAAUCCGCCUCGAUAAUCACCAUGCUGGUCAUCGGCUUCGUCGUCCUCGUCGCCUUCGCCAUCUACGAGAAAUUCUUCUCCUCAAAGCCCUUCAUCCCCUUCCACCUGCUCACCUCCCGCACCGCCCUCGGCGCCUGCGCGCUCUCCUUUACGUAUCAAAUCUCCUACUACUGCUGGGGCAGCUACUUCACCUCCUUCCUACAAGUCGUCAACAACCAAUCCAUCACGCACGCAGGCUACAUCGCCAACACAUUUGACAUGGUCUCCGGCGUGUGGCUGUUCUGCGUCGGGUUCCUGAUUAACCGUACCGGGCGCUUCAAGUGGCUCAUCAUGUGUGCUGUCCCGCUAUACAUGCUCGGCAUCGGCCUCAUGAUCUACUUCCGGCAGCCCGGCCAGGAUAUCGGGUACAUCGUCAUGUGCCAGAUCUUCGCGGCGCUGGGUGGUGGAACGAUGAUUAUCACCCAGCAGGUCGCCGUGACCUCCGUCGCGAGCCACAACGACGUCGCGUCCAUGCUGGCCAUGCUGGGUCUGUUCGGGUACCUCGGCGGCGCUGUCGGGAACUCGAUUUCCGGGGCGAUCUGGACACAUACGUUGCCGCAGGCGCUGCAGGAUCUGCUUCCGGAGAGUGCGAAAGCGGACUGGGAGACAAUCUAUGGGUCCCUGGAUGUCCAGCUCUCUUAUCCGAUGGGGUCUCCGGAGCGUGAGGGGAUCAUGGCGGCUUAUGGGUUUGCGCAGAAGAGGAUGCUUAUUGCGGGAACGGCGAUCAUGACCCUGUCUUUGGUGUGGAUGAUGAUCAUUAAGAAUAUCAACCUGAAGACUGUGAACCAGGUUAAGGGUGUCGUCUUCUAGAGUGCAGAUUUGCGGGAUUUGGUGUGGUUGGACAGGGGUCGUUGGGGUGGUUGAGAUAGAUUCAGGGUAUAGAGACCCCUGCUGAUAUGAGAUAAUGACGUUGUGUGGCGAUACAAGGAUCAUAAUUAUAAGCGAUUUGGCUUAAAUAAUAUAAUUUAUUGAUAUUCUGUGCUACUGGUGCAGCCUUGUCAAACGACCUCAUCGGGGUUUAGUGAGCGCUUUAAUCCCCAAUGGGCGACAUCGC